UUGCCCAUCAGUGCCACAUCAGUGCCACAUAUCAGUGCCUACCAGUGCACAUCAAUGCCACCCAUCAGUGCCAGUCAGUGCCACCUAUCAAUGCCAAUCAGUGCCACCUAUCAGUGCUGUCAAUCAGUGCCAUCUAUCAGUGCCAAUCAGUGCUGCCUAUCAGUGCCAGUCAGUGUCAUCUAUCAGUGCGCAUCAGUGCCGCCUAUUAGUGCUGUGUCAGUGCCACCUAUCAGUGCCAGUCAGUGCCACCUAUCAGUGCUGCCUUUCAGUGCCAUAUAUCAGUGCCAUGUAUCAGUGCCAUGUAUCAGUGCCCAUCAGUGAUGCCUGUCAAUGCCCAUCAGUGCCACCUACCAGUGCCUCCUCAUCAGUGCCCAUCAGUGCCACCUAUCAGUGUCCAUCAGUGCAGCCUAUCAG